UCUCGUGGGGACAGAGAGAAAGAGAGAGAGACGUGUGAUUUCUCUUUGUACUGAAUGAAGAGUUGAGGCCGGCUCCGCUGCUGCUGCUGUCUCUUUUUAUAUAAGCAGAGUUUGCAUGCUGUAAAUAGCCCAAUAAGCCGGUUACACUUUACGUUUCGCCAUAUCCUUCGCUCUCUUGUCUUGUGGAGGCGAUUUGACCACUGCCAAUGUCCCUUUGACCGGGUUUUGGACAACAAAAGCAUCAGGUCCAGCGUUGUUCUUCGGGGGAUUUCAAGUCACACAUUUAUCAGUCAGGAUUUUUUUUUUCCAGUGCGGGGAAGCGAACCUCCUGCACGUCCGCACACCUCUUCGGCUCCUUUUUUCGUCGCCCCUUUCACACUUCCACACCUCCGGGGGGUGGUUGGCAAUUUUCUUUCCCCAUAGCGAGCGACCAUGGCUGCUGUAACAAGCCCGGAGACGAGCCCUCAACCCCGGGUAUACUUCCAGACGCCGGCCGGCACCACGGAGGAACCGGAGACACCCGUGAGGAAGCAGGGACGAGUUACCGUCAAAUACGACCGCAAGGAGCUGAGGAAGAGACUCAACCUGGAGGAGUGGAUUAUCGACCAGCUAACGGACCUCUACGACUGUGAGGAGGAGGCCAUUCCUGAGCUGGAGAUAGACGUGGAUGAACUGCUGGAUAUGCCCAGUGACGUUGAGCGGGCAGCCAGGGUCAAGGAGUUGCUGGUUGACUGUUUCAAACCUACUGAGGACUUUGUCUCAGAGCUGCUCAACAAGAUCCGAGGGAUGCAGAAGCUCUCCACGCCUCAGAAGAAAUGAUGGCGUCCAUCCUCCUCAUCCCUGAUGUCCUCCCUCCUCCUCCUCCUCUUCCUCCUCCUCCUCUUCGGCCCUCACCUCUCAUCUUCCUGCCAUUUCCCAUCCUUUUGUUUUAGUUUUUUUUCCAUCUGCUCCUUCCUCUGUUGGGCCCUCUGCUCUUUCCUUUACACCCCUCUAUUUUCAUCUCUUGUUGCCUGGAUACAGCCCCAUAAAUGUUCCUUUCUUAAACUACUAGGAAAGAAGAAGAAGUUUUAAAAAAUAUACGUUAUCACCGGGUGAAAUCAACAACAUGCGAUUCAUCUCAAACCCAGGCACACUCUCUCCUUCCAUCUCUGCCUCUCCUUCACUCUUUGUUUGGCUUCACUCCUCUUCCUCAUCCAGCUCUUCUUCCUCCCACCCUCCUCGCACCAACCCUCCAUCUGUCUCUGCCCUCCAACACGAAGGAGAAGGAGAGGAGCUGAAAUCAGUCCCACUGAAAUCAG